AUGAGAUUGAACGAACAAACCAACCGAGCCAAUUCAAACAUUGUGAAUACUUUGUUGGGAGAGGAAUCUGGAUAUCGCGGAUCGAAAUCAUCUUUGGAUUAUAAGGAAAAGGACAGUGGCGUGCUGACCACUGCCAAGACUGACAAGAAAAAGAAGGAUCCGAAAAACCAAUCCAAUCAAGAACAACAGAAACAAAAGCAGCGGCAAUUCCCAACGCGAGCCAGGGAACGUACUGGAAUCCCACCUCGCCGUUACGAUCUUUCUGACCUUGCCAAAAUGGACGAGUAUGACCUUAUCAAUGCCCUGAGAGAGGAUCCUGAAUUCGCUGCAGCUGUCUCAGAAUAUAGUGCCCAACUAGAAGAAAAGGAAAAGGCUGAAAAGGCAGCCCAAGCCCAACGAAAGGAUCGACGAUCCAAACCAAGUUCUCCACCAGUGGCAGCACGACGCAAGGCUCGACUCGAAAACUCGUCAUCAAAGCCAACGGCUGCCCCAACAGCACGUCAUCCGGAUCACGUUCGCAAUCUGAUGGACAGUGGCGUUCCAGUGACUCAAUGGAUUGUUUUGUUCAUCUUGGUCGGUGCAGGAUUGUACUUUCUGAUGGGACCCGAACUGAAGGAAGGCUUGAAGUACAUUAUGAAACAAACUGGAAAAACAAAGAAAACUUCUUAUGAGGGCAACAAGAACAAAACCAACAACAAGUCCAAGGUAAAAUCUCGACAAAGCAACAAGGGAAAGAAAAAGGUGGAUGCUCCUAGAAAAGCAUACAUGGCAAAGAAGUCUCCAGCCAUCACCGAAUCGAAACCAAAGCCUGUCAAACAAGAAGCACCCACACCGGUGACACAGCAACAAACUGUCGAAGAAACAUCGUCCCAACCAUCACCUGCUGCGAAAAAAGGCAAAAGCAAAAAGAACAAAAGCAAGAGAAAGCAGGAAACAAAGGCAGAAGAAAGUCUUGAUCAGGUAUCGGUCGAUGAUGGAUCUACACAUAACAGCGACGUUGUAGAAACCCCUACCCUUUUAAGGGCUGGUGUCAGCAUUCCUCUGGUUCACAUGGAACCAGACGCGGAUGCUGGUGGAUGGGAAACUGUGGGUCGAUCUCGCAAACCGGUCGUAAAGUCACCACCAGCUACAACAGUCAUUACAGAAGAAUCACCCAAAGCAAGUAGUCAAAAGCCAGUUGUGCCAGAAGCACCCAAAGCAAAAAGUCAAAAGGUUGAGAAAACACAAACAGUUGCCCAGCAAAUUCAAGUCGACGAAGCCAAGAUGACUUCACAAAAUGUUGACAUCCAGGAGGAGAUAGAAGCUGCUAAAGCAGCAAGCAAGGACCUGGAGAGUACCAACGAUGGCUGGGAAACGGUCACCAAAUCACGCAAGCCAAAGGAGUCGACUCCAGCAGCAAAGGAGUCAUCUGAUCGUCCAUCCUCUCCAGCCCCAGACACCAAAUCAUCCAAACUGGCCGAAGAAGUAGCAAAGGCAGAGGAUAAGAAGAAACAAGAAGCCCAAGCGCCAGGCGACAAGAAUGUGAAGAAAAAGGCUGCUUCCAAGAACAAGAAACAGCAGAAAUCCACAAGCCAACCAGCUAAAUCCAACAAUGCCAAUGCUACCGACGGCGAUGCGGCUCUGGCAUUGAAACUUCAGUUGGAAGAGGAGAAACUUGUGAAUCCAGAAGUUUCUGGACAAGUUGAGGAUGAUGCAUGGGAAGAGGUGAAGAAGAGCAAGAGCAAAAAAGGCACAAAGGCCACCACCUCAUGA